CAUAAAUGCAGCGAUUGCUCACUGGGAGCAAAACACCUGCAUCAGAUUCCAGCUCACGUCCAACCUCGCUCAACGGCACGUCAGGUUUUUUGAAGGGUCUGGAUGCUGGUCGUAUGUCGGCAUGUUGGCCCAGAAUGGACAAGACAUUUCCAUUGGAAGUGGCUGCAAAGAACUCGGCAUUGUCGCCCAUGAGAUCGGCCACGCCAUUGGGUUCGUUCACGAGCAGAGUCGCCCCGACCGUGACGACUAUGUGGUCAUCAAUUAUGGCAACAUCCAAACUGGCAGGGAAAACAACUUCAAUAAGUACAGCACGUCAGUGGUCAACACCUACGGCAUACCAUACGACUACUCAUCCGACAUGCACUACGGCUCUACGGGCUUCACCAACAACGGCAAGACGACCAUCGCCACCCUAUAUCCCUUGGCGCAGGAGCUCAUCGGCCAGCGCACGGGACUCUCUCACAGGGACAUACUAUUGACCAACACUAUGUACGGCUGCAUCA